UUGAGGUGAAAGCGAAUCUUUUCUCCCUCCAACCCAAAGCGGAUAUAGCUUUCGCGGAGUAGCUGAUUGGUAACGCUCUGCAAGGUGCUCCUGGAUCACUUCACCCUCAGUGCUUCGGCCAGCCCCGCUUCUCCUCUGCUCCCUUUACACACUGUGUUUCUCUCCCUUCCCUCUUUGCCGGACUCGUCAUUUCCCGGAGUUUAAACGACCGCAUCGUGCGAUUAAAUCAUGGAUAAGUUGGAGCUGAUUCAGAAAGCCAAGCUGGCGGAGCAGGCGGAGCGCUACGAUGACAUGGCCGCGUGUAUGAAGCAGGUGACGGAGCAGGGAGACGAGCUCACCAACGAGGAGAGGAACCUGCUCUCCGUCGCCUACAAGAACGUGGUCGGGGCCCGGAGGUCGGCCUGGAGGGUCAUCUCCAGCAUUGAACAGAAAACCGAGGGCAACGACAAGAAGCUUCAGAUGGUGAAGGAGUACAGGGAGAAGGUGGAGGGCGAACUACGCGACAUUUGCAACGAGGUGUUGGUAUUGCUGGGCAAAUAUUUGAUCAUGAACUCGACAAACCCGGAGAGCAAAGUCUUUUAUUUAAAGAUGAAGGGUGACUACUACAGAUAUCUCGCAGAGGUUGCCUCAGGAGAUGACAAGAUGGACCCGAUCUCGAACUCUCAGGGUGCCUACCAGGAUGCUUUUGAGAUCAGUAAGAAAGAGAUGCAGCCCACACACCCCAUCCGUCUGGGACUGGCUCUCAACUUCUCCGUCUUCUACUAUGAGAUCCUCAACUCUCCAGAGCAGGCCUGUUCUCUGGCCAAACAGGCGUUUGAUGAAGCCAUCGCAGAGCUGGAUACACUGAAUGAAGACUCGUACAAAGACAGCACACUUAUCAUGCAACUGCUUCGGGACAACCUCACAUUAUGGACCUCUGACAAUGCUGCAGAUGAGGGUGAAGGAGGAGACGGAGGAGAGAACUAAACGCCCACAGAUUAACUUUUUACACUUCUUCAUUCCUUAUGGUUUCACUCAUGAUUACUCCAGCCAUGUAAGCCCAUGAUCAUUACCAAUGAGCCGUGAGUGUGGGAAUCCAAAUCAGUCCAUUUGCUUUCUCCGUUCUCCACCUCCUGGCUUGUGGUUGUAAUGAAAGUAAAAAAUAUUAAGUUAAAGUAACAUCUCCAUUCCUCGGUUUUGUGUUUUUUUUGUCCUUUUUUGGCCUCCUUUAUGUGCAGUGUCUGCUGUAGGAGACUAUUAGCCUCACAUAAAAAUCAAUUGUCUUUAAUUGUGAGAAAGCGACUAGUGUGUAUAUUCUGGUCAAAUGAAGCAUUGGAAGUGUUGGUCACAAAAAUCAAAGUGGUUUUGCCUCAAGCAUGGCUAAUUCUUGUCCUGCUUGAUCACAUUUCAUUAUACUUCUCUCUAGGAAGAUCAACAUGCACUUGAAUGAGAUAAAGUUCUUGUUGACUUUCUUAGUGUUGGCUUACAAUGGGCCUGUGCUUUAGUAUUGAUAGCAGGAAGGCUGUUUUCUGAUGUACCAAGUCAGCUAGUCAAGUAUGCACUUUUCAUAUACCGUCUGAAUUGCAUCUCCUUUCAUCUCGAAGGUCACUAAACACUCUGCCUGGUUAUGGUUUUCACUUUAAUGUGAUUUGGCUUGUGAUGAGUGAACAAGAAAAAUAUAUAAAUAUAUGAAACAAAAAAAAAACUCAUGCAUGCCCAUUUUUCAAUAUACACUGGAAUGGGAACAAAUACUGCAUACAUGUUCCACAGUUUGGUUAAGUACUUUUUUCAUUGCAGGUUUAUGCACAUGUUGAGAAAAUGUUUGAUUGUCAAGUGAUGUCGAUAGUUAUUUGGACCACUGUUGUGUUUUUGCUAAUCAUUGACUGUAGUCCUCCCUCGCCCCCCAAAAAGCCUUGUGAAAAUGUACAAGCCCUGCAUAACAGCAAUGUAACCUGAAUUAAAAUGACCAUUUUAUAAAUCA